UUCCCAGGACGUCAGCACCAGGUGACACACCUGCAUUCACAGGAUUAUUCAGCUGUAACAAACCCAGACAUGACAGUUUCUUACACCCUUGAGGUGGCAGACGCUCACUUUGGUGGCUUCACCAAGCUGCUGUUGAGGUGGAAGGGAAGCAUCUACAAGCUGCUCUACAAAGACCUCCUGGUGUUCUGUGGGGUUUAUACUUUUUUCAGUUUGUUUUACAGGUUCUUCCUCUCACCGAAGCAGCAGGAUCUGUUUGAGCGGAUCGCCCUUUACUGCGACCAGUUCACCAACACCAACUUCAUCCCAGUUCUGUUCGUCCUCGGCUUCUAUGUGACCCUGGCCUUCAACAGAUGGUGGGGUCAGUACACCAGCUUCCCUCUGCCUGAUAACCUGAUGAUGGUGGUUUCUGGAAACGUGCACGGCACAGACGAGAGGGGUCGUCUGCUGCGACGGACCCUCAUGAGAUACGCCAACUUAUCCUCCGUCCUCAUCCUGCGCUCCAUCAGCACCAGAGUCCACAAGAGGUUCCCGACCCUGGAGCACAUCGUGGAGGCUGGAUUUAUGACGAAAGAUGAGCUGAAUAAUUUUGAGUCUCUGCACUCGGACUUCAACAAGUACUGGAUGCCUCUGACCUGGUUCUCUAACCUGGCGUCCCUGGCUAGGGAGGAGGGGAGGGUGAGGGACGACAUCGCUUUGAGACUGCUGAUGGACGAGCUGAAUAAGUACAGAGGAAAAUGCAGCCUGCUGUUCCACUACGACUGGAUCAGCAUCCCUCUGGUCUACACUCAGGUAGUCACUUUAGCAGUAUACUCUUUUUUUGCCUUCUGUGUGAUUGGCCGACAAUUCCUGAACCCUGAGAAAGGAUACAAGGAUCACAAAAUAGACAUGUACGUACCCGUUUUCACCCUGCUGCAGUUCUUCUUCUACGCUGGCUGGCUCAAGGUCGGGGAGCUGAUCAUCAAUCCAUUUGGCGAGGAUGAUGACGACUUUGAAACCAACCAGCUGAUCGACAGAAACAUUCAGGUGUCGAUGCUGGCUGUAGACGAUAUGUACCAGAACCUGGCUCCAAUGGUGAAGGACAAGCACUGGGCGCAGAGAAACUUCUCAGUCCCCUACACUCUGUCCACGGCAGCAGAGACUCUCACACCCGCCUUCAGAGGAUCCACUUAUGACAUGAGGAUGAGUGCGGAUGAUCUGGAGAUUCACCAGUCUGCAGACACUGCUGCACAGAAACAGUAUUUACCUCAGAAGGGAUCUCAGGGUGAGGGUAUGGAGGGUUUAUUGCAGAGGGGUAAAGGGAUCCUGCGCGGCUGCAGCCUCCCAUCACUGCUGGAUGUGGCGUCACUCCCACAUGAGGAGGAAGAUGAGGAAAACAUCAUCAACAUCAACCACAAAGAACAAGAAAUGUCAUUGCUUAAAGUUGCAGUGGAACAACAUUACUGAAAAUGAUUGUGACACUUGAACACAGUGUGCGUUUUUGAACCAGAAAUGUUGUCUUAUUGUUGAAACUCAAUCAAUAUGUGAAAUAAAGGAACGAAUUCC